CGCUGUGGCUCCCUACAGGCUUCAGAGGAAAGGAGACGUGUCUCAUUUCAGAGCAGCUUGGACCGACUGAUGGAAGCACAUAGCACCGGUGGAAACGUGGGAGAGAAAGCAGACGUGGAGAUGGCAGGAUCUCCGUUUGAACCUUACAUCGAGUCCCUGCGGCAGCAGCUGGAAGAGCAGGACCCGGUCUUCCUGAUCGGAGUUAUCGUCGCUUUGGCGGUGGUUGUUAUCACCUGUGUCUUUCUGAAGUACUUCCUCACCAGUAAGACUGUGCGCACCUCCGUGCUCCUGGUGGGGCUGUGUGACUCGGGGAAAACCCUGCUCUUCAGCCGGCUGCUGUCUGGGAAGUUCAAGCGGACACAGACCUCCAUCACUGACAGCAGUGCUCCAUACAAAGCCAAAAAUGACAGGGGCAGCACCUGGACUCUCAUAGACCUGCCAGGCCACGACAGCCUCCGUCCUCAAUACCUGGAGAAGUUCAAGUCUGCGGCCAGAGCGAUUGUGUUUGUAGUGGACAGCGCAAUCUUCCAGAAGGAAGUGAGAGACGUGGCCGAGUUCUUGUACGUGUUAUUGACGGACGCCGUGAUCACCAGAAACACCCCGGCUCUCGUGGUGGCGUGCAACAAACAAGACAUCACCAUGGCAAAAUCUGCUAAACUGAUUCAGCAGCAGCUGGAAAAGGAGCUGUAA